AUGCUGACUGUAGUGGAAGGCAUCCUCCUUUGUUUUGCAACAAGUGAGUCAGUGCUGGGAGUUCUAGGGAAUGGGUUUAUCCUGCGUGAGACCUGCGUUGACUAUGUCAGGCAGAAGAAGUGCUCCAAGAUUGGCUUUAUUCUCGCUGGCUUGGCUAUCUCAAGAAUCUGUGUCAUAGGUGUAAUCAUCUCUGAUGGAUAUUUAAAAUUACUUUCUCCGCAUAUGGUUGCCUCUGAUGCCCACUUUACAGGUGUUUCUUAUCUGUGGGUAAUUGUCAAUCACAUGAGUACAUGGUUUGCCACCAGCCUCAACCUCUUCUAUCUGCUGAAGAUAGCAAAUUUUUCUCACUACAUCUUCCUCUGCUUGAAGAGAAGAAUCAACACAAUGUUUACCCUUCUUCUGGGAUGCUUGUUUAUAUCAUGGUCAAUUUGUUUUCCACAAAUAAUGAAGAUGUUUAAUGAUAAAUUGCAACACAGAAAUGCAUCCUGGAAAUCACACAUCGUUAAAAGUGAGUUCAUUAUAAACCAUAUUUUUCUCAACCUUGGAAUCUUUUUCUUCUUUAUGAUGGCAAUCGUUAUAUGCUUCCUGUUAAUUAUUUCACUUUGGAGACACAACAGGCAGAUGAAGUUGAAUGUCACGGGACUCAAUAACCUUAACACAGGAGUUCAUGUGAAAGCCAUCAAAGUUUUAAUUUCUUUUAUUAUCCUGUUUCUCUUGCAUUUCAUAGGUAUUUUCAUAGAAAUAUUGAGCUUUCUCAGAUCACAAAAUAAAUUGAUGCUUAUUUUGGGUUUGACAAUUGCAUGCAUGUAUCCUUGCUGUCACUCAUUUAUCCUAAUUCUAGCAAAUAGUCAGCUGAAGCAAGCUUCUCUGAGGGCACUGAAGCAAUUAAAGUGCUAUGAGAAAGGCAAGGAUGUCAGAUCAACAGGGCAGACUUGCAGAGAAAUGAAUGGUCACAGAGAAUAG